UAAUUAUACCAGCUCUUAUCUUCUGGCCACCUACAGCAACCACUUGGGGUUCAGUCAUCCGUGGACAUAGUGCUGUGACGAAGUCCUGUGUCCUUAGGCACCAUGUCGCAGCCUACAGACCAGCAGCAAGAUGCGCGGUCUUUCCUCAGUGAGGAAAUGAUCAGCGAAUUCAAGGCCGCCUUCGACAUGUUUGACACUGAUGGCGGCGGUGACAUCAGCACCAAGGAGUUGGGGACUGUCAUGAGAAUGCUUGGGCAGACCCCAACAAAGGAAGAGUUGGAUGCCAUCAUUGAGGAAGUAGAUGAGGAUGGCAGUGGUACCAUCGACUUUGAGGAGUUCUUGGUCAUGAUGGUGCGCCAGAUGAAAGAGGAUGCGCAAGGAAAGAGUGAAGAGGAGUUAGCUGAAUGUUUCCGCAUCUUUGACAAGAAUGCUGAUGGUUAUAUAGAUAGUGAGGAGCUGGCCGAGAUCCUGCGUUCCUCAGGAGAAAGCAUUACAGAUGAGGAGAUUGAAGAGCUAAUGAAAGACGGAGACAAGAACAAUGAUGGAAAGAUUGACUUUGAUGAGUUCCUCAAGAUGAUGGAAGGUGUGCAAUAAGCUGUGGGACAUUCCUUUGGAGUAUUUACACUAGCCUGUACAUUACACUGCUUAUUACACUGUGUGCUGGAUGGAGUAACUCCCCCUGCUCUGUCUUGCACCUCCCAGAAUCCUCGUUUCUGCAAUGCUCAACAAGCACCAACUCCAUUUUGUUGCCUGCGGACAAUCUUUUCUGCCUUUCCAUAUUCACACCCAGAUACUCUGCUCUCUACAUCUUUCUUUAUUUCUUAAAAUUUCAGAUGUUAUUUAUAAAACUGAAAAUGUCAUUAAAAGUCUUAGUCAACAUUUCAAACUCCUGGGCUGCUUUGAACACCAUCAAGAAUGAAAGUAUAUUGUGGAAUACCGAAUUACUGUCUUUCUGGCAAUAACAAGCAUUACAUUCUCGCACAACCA